CGCUUUACAAAAUACAGAGCAAAAGAGUUUUAGGGUUUGCGUUGUUCAUACCGGAAGCUUCAAAGAUGAUCGAGGUAGUGUUGAACGAUCGAUUGGGGAAGAAAGUGAAGGUGAAGUGCAACGAAGAUGAUACGAUUGGUGAUUUGAAGAAGCUGGUUGCUGCACAGACGGGUACACGCGCCGAUAAGAUACGUAUUCAGAAGUGGUAUAAUGUGUACAAAGAUCAUAUUACCCUCAAGGACUACGAAAUUCAUGAUGGAAUGGGACUUGAACUCUACUACAACUAGAAUAAAAUGUUUAUCAUGUGAUGGAAAUACACUGGUGGACGUAUCUCAGCUGCCAUGUUUUAAAUAAAAGAUUGAUUGUUGGCUUGUAAUGUAAAGUUUGACAUGUUAAAUCAACUUGAAGGAAAAUGCUCAACUCUUGUGAAUGGCAUGUGUCUGGUUGGUAUUUUGCCUUGUGGUACAAGGGGUUUACAUAUGCCAUAUGUGCUCUUAGAUUUUCUUAUCAAUUUUAUGAAUUUUGCUG